AUGGCUGCUUUCCAUGGAUGUAUAAGCUUGUUGGAAAUUGCAAUUCCUCCGUCUGUGACCAUGAUUGAAGAUUAUGCCUGUCAGGACUGUUGGUCAUUAACGCAAGUUCAUUUUGCUGAAGAUGGUUUGUUGACUGUCAUUGGAAUGAAGGCCUUUUUCGGUUGCGAGUCAUUGUCGGAAGUCAACAUUCCCUCUAGUGUGGAAACCAUUGGAGAGUCUGCCUUUACAGGGUGCCAAUCCUUGGCAAGGGUGGUCUUGCAAGAGGGACUGAAAACGAUUGAUAGUGGUGCUUUUAUGGAGUGUGUCAAAUUGGAACAAGUGGACAUUCCGAGAACUCUUGAAGUGUUGGGCAGCAGUGCUUUUUAUAGAUGUACUUCGUUGCAGGAAGUGAACAUUGAGGAAGGAAGCUUGCGAGAGAUUGGAGGGCAGGCCUUUCAAGGAUGUCUUAAAUUGCAAACAGUCCGAAUUCCGUCAACUGUAGAGCGCUUAGAAUCAGAGACAUUCACCUCAUGCGAAUCUUUGCGGGUUAUGCAGUUUCAGAGUGGACUCAAAUAUGUGGGCCAUGAAGCCUUUUACUUGUGCAAGAAUCUGCAAUCAGUUGCACUACCGGAGUCGGUGGACUUCAUUAGUGACUCGGCUUUUUACGAAUGUUUCAAGUUGGUGUCAGUGGAAUUGGAUGAUCGUCCUAGAAUGGUGAUGAUUUUUGACCAUGCGUUCGAGGGAUGCGAGUCUUUAAUAAAUAUCUGUCUUGAACCGUCACCAUCGGUGCCGGCGAGUACCAGAAUACGCAACACUAGCUUUCAAAACUGCACUUCUCUUCAAGAUCAGUAUGGUGCUGAAACGGGCAUCCUGCAUGGCCUGCUGCGUCGAUUUGACGGUUUCCCGAUCCACAAGAAAUGUUACCACGCCUCGGGGACAACAGCAGAUGAGCUGGCUCAGGAGAUUGAGUCAUCAGUCCGCCAUCAUUUGGUACUAGAUCCUUUCGAUAUGACACCCUUUCACGUUCUGUUAUCGGCUGCAAACUGCAGACUUGAUCUUUUGCAAAUCCUGCUAGAUGCGUAUCCACCGCAUGUGCUUGGAUGGAAAGACGUGAAUGGAAAGACGCCCAUUGAAUACGUGAUUCGACGAAGCAGCAAUCGUCUUUCUAAUGAUUCACGAAACAUGCUUCGCCUGGCACUUCAAGGAUGGUUGGUGGGUUCUAUAUCGAGUUGGAAUGGAUUGGAAGCGUGGAAAGUAGAUAUGUCGAUUUGUGUGUAUGCGAUUCUUGCUGAAGAUGAAGUAGAAGAAAGACAAUCUUUACUUCAGGAAGCAUCGAUGGUUCUGUCUCGGUACGAGCGGAUGGAGGCUACAACCAGGCUAGAGUUGUCUUUGUGGAAAAUGGAGUUGAAGUCGGUGGACGAUCAAGUAUCGGCAAAGAAUGCAGCACGAACGAUAGUUGACAAAGAAGUAUACCGUAUUCGCAGUGGUGCUUCAGUCGUUAUUCCGAAUGUGAUUACAUUUCUGUACGAAACUAAUCCAACAUAA